GAGUCCAGUCUGUGUCAGAAUGAAUCUCCUGAACCCAGCUGUGUGUCCAUCAAGAGUGACGCGUCAAUGGGUCGAAUAAUUGAGUUCAGCUCGGGAGACACAUCUGCUGAUCUGAGUCAAAAACAUAAAGGACCGCAAUCACAUACAGCAAAGAAGAACUUAGACUCCAUUUUUAAGGAGCUUGAGCACAAAAUCAUCUCUGAGUUAAAAAGCUUUAAGAGACUACUGAGUCCAGAUUACCCAGAAUGCUCUGAAAGAGACCGUUAUGAUGAUGAGGGUCAUAACAGAGUCAGAGAGGGUCUUCUGAAGAUCACACUGCUCCUCCUGAGGAAGAUGAACCAGACAGACCUCGCUGACACACUACAGACCAAACUGAUGUCUGUGUAUCAACAAAAACUGAGAUCCAGACUACAGGAUAAAUAUCAGAGACUCAGUGAAGGACUGUCCAAUCAUGGAGACUCAACACGUCUGAAUGAGAUCUACACAGAGCUCUACAUCACAGAGGGAGGCAGUGGAGAGGUCAAUAAUGAACAUGAGGUGAGACAGAUUGAGACAGUGUCCAGGAGACCAGAGACACAGGGAGACACCAAUUCAACUGCAAUGACAUAUUUUAAACCCUCACCUGGACAAGACAAACCCAUCAGAACUGUGCUGACUAAAGGAGUCGCUGGAAUUGGAAAAACAGCUAGAAAGACUAUUCUGUCUCUAGGAAAACUGGCUUUUGAACAGCUGGAAAAAGGGAACCUGAUCUUCUACGAGGAGGACCUGAAAGAGAGCGGCAUUGAUGUCAGAGAAGUGUCCGUGUACUCAGGAGUUUGUACCCAGAUCUUCAGAGAGGAGUCUGGACUGCAGCUGGGGAAGAGGUGUUCAGCUUUGUUCAUCUGA